AUGGCAAGUUCCUUUGCUUUGAGGACCUUUACUGCACUUGCAGAUCUGCAGCAAAAUAUGGCUAAUCUGAAAAUAAUCGGUAUAGUUAUUGGAAAAACGGAUGUCAAAGGCUUUCCAGACAGAAAAAAUAUUGGAUCCGAAAGAUACACUUUCAGUUUCACCAUUCGUGAUUCACCAGCCUGUUUUGUAAAUGCAGCAUGCUGGGGUAAAGAAGAGUACAUCAGGCCACUUUCUGACAGUUUUAGGGUGGGUGACUGUGUGAUAAUAGAAAAUCCCCUGAUCCAAAGAAAGGAAUUAGAAAGAGAAGAAAAGUUCAGCCCAGGAACUCCGAGCAACUAUAAACUAUUACUCAGUGAGAAUCACUCCGUGGUGAGAGUUUGUUCCAGUUAUGAAGUGGACACCAAGUUACUUUCUUUGAUACACUUACCUGUUAAAGAGUCUCGUGAUUAUUAUUCAUUGGGUGAUGUCAUUGCAAACGGACACAGCCUUGAUGGGAGGAUUAUUAAUGUGCUUGCAGCUGUGCGAUGGGUUGGAGAGCCUAAACACUUUACAACUUCAGACCGAAGAAGAGGCCAGAGGUGUGAAAUUAAACUCUAUGAUGAAACAGAGCCUUCUUUUACAAUGAUCUGUUGGGAUAAUGAAUCCAUUCUGCUUGCACAGAGCUGGGUGCCACAAGAAACAGUAAUAUUUGCCUCAGAUGUAAGAAUAACUUUUGACAAAUUUCGAGACUGCAUGACAGCAACUGUAAUCUCAAAAACCAUUAUUACGACUAAUCCAGAUACUCCAGAAGCUAACAUCCUACUGAAUUAUAUAAGAGAAAAUAAAGAAACGAAUGUUCUGGCUGAUGAAAUUGACAGUGUUUUUAAAGAACCUGUAAAUUGUAAUUCCAGCUGCGGUUAUAUUGUAAAUGAAACAUCCAACACUUGCUUAACUUGCAACAAAGAUUCUUUUCAGUUAAGGCCUGUUUCUCUCAGCUUUGACAUGCUGGUUGAUAUCACUGACCACACGGGAACCCUCCCUUCCUGUAGUCUCUCCGGAAGUGUUGCUGAGGAUACUUUGGGCUGCACGUUUGUUCUAUCGAGCAGAGCCAGGGGUGGGCUGAGAGUCAGCGUUCUAUCCUGUAAGCGCUCGGACCCCGUGGAGGCGAGCAGGAGCAUGCCUCAGGAAGCACAGCCUUGA